UUCCCUCCCUCGUUUCCCCUUCUCCUAAUCGGAGGCGAUUUAGACGUUAAAACCCGACGCGAUACGGAACCCACGCAGCGCACGCGAGGGGGAGAGAGAGAGAGAGAGAGAGAGAGAGAGAGAGAGAGGCUGAAAUGGCCGCGGCGGCUGAGGAGGUGUCGACGGCGGCGAGGGGCCCUGCGGAGGAGGAGCGGGGGGAGAGCGAGAGCGAGGGGGAGGAGGGGAUGGCGGUGCUGGACUUCGACAUGCUGUGCGCGUCGGUGGCGCUGGCGGCGGGGAGGAGGAAGGGCGGCGCCGCGGCAGCGGAGGAGGCGGCCGGCGAUGGUGGCGGGGGAGGGGGCGGGGUGCAGAGGAUGUGGGAGGGUGACGUGGUGCUGGAUUGCCUGGAGGACCGGCGUGUCGCGCUCGAGGCCGCCUGCUGCCCGUGCUAUCGGUUUGGCAAGAACAUGCGGAGAGCCAAUCUUGGAUCUUGCUUCCUUCAGGGAAUGGUUUACUUCAUUCUGUUAGUGGCUUUUCUGAUCAGCCUAAUAGCCUUUUCGGUAACAAGGCAUCAUAUAUAUUUAUAUAUGGGACUAGGCUCUGUCCUAUUGAUAGCAAUCUAUACUGGUUACUUCCGAAGAAGAAUCAGGAAGCAAUUCAACAUCCGGGGUACUGAGAGCAGUCUGGAUGAUUGUGUUCUCCAUCUCAUAUGUCCUUGCUGCACGUUAUGCCAGGAGGCUAGAACUUUGGAGAUGAAUAAUGUCCAGUGUGGUGUCUGGCAUGGACGGGGUGAUACCAUUUGCUUAGGGAGCAACGGUGAAGGAAAUAUGGCUUUUGCUGCCCUGAACAAGCCCUCGCUUGUGCCUAUAAAGUCUCCAGGGUUCUGUGGCAUGGACAGAACGUCAAAUGGAGCUGAUGAGCAUGAACCACUCGUCCCACCAGCCCAACCAGAGCAGGUGUAGGGAAUAAUAGCAGUGGAAUUCUGUAUCGCCGCAACCUCUGCACAUUCCAGAAAGAGUUUGGGCUGUCCUUGGAGAAAAUCAUCAGAACUGUAAUUCUCUGCCUGCACGUUGUGUGCUAGCCCCCAGUCCGAAGAACUGGAUUUGCCACAAUCGUUCAUGGAUGAUGAGCGCAAUCGGACUGUUGUUGUAAAAUUCAGUGGUAAUUUUUAUCAUGUAACUGAUUUAUUUAGGUUCAGGGCCGUAUCUAGAUUGUGUCAUAAUACGUGCUCAGGCCUUGUGUCCGAUCCAACUGUAAAUUUGUGAUGUAACUUAGCAGUUCCCAUGAUAUAAGCAUAAAUGAAAUGGGAUUGCUCUCCCCA